AUUUAUUUCUGGUAUGAGUUCAGCAAGUCCUGUUCAUCAAUAAUUAUAAAAAACAUUAGAUGUUGUUCAAAGAGGAUUUGAAGAAAUAGUCUAAAAUAUUCCAAAACAAUAUCAUGAGCUAUGUAUGAAUUAAAAUGCCAAAAAUAUGGAGAAAUAUGCAUAAUGUAUUAUUAAUUGAUAAUUUUUAAAAGGUAUGUAUAAAAAAAGCAAAACUGUUGAUAAAUAAAUGAAAGCCUUUGAUUUUAAGAUGUUGUUUAUGGGAAUUACAUUUGAUUAAUGUAUCUAGACAAAUUCAUAAGAUUAAUGUAUUAAAAAUGCAAAAUCAUCUGUUGAAGGAUUUAUAAGUGAUUUUUAGAAGAAUGUUAAAUGAAAAAAUAAUCUAUUCAUAUUAUAC